AUGCACAAGAUAAGCUGUCCAAGAAUGUGGCGACCGAAAUGCAGCGUUCAUAAUUUACUCUGCUACCAAACCAAAUCGCAUCACUACAAUUUGAAGUGUCACCUGUCGUGUUGCAGUGGGUGUCGCCACAGCUUCAAGUCUAUUGUUCCCUCCCUUCAACGCCUAUUUUCAUUAUUCAACGACAAUGUCCUCGAGACCAUAAUCAAGUAUCCAGCCGAUAAUACAACAACCACUCCUCACAAAGAGGACAGUUUUAAUGUAAAGUGGCGUGUAGAUGUGACAGAUUUUGGUAAAUCUCAUACCUACGCUGUAUAUACAUGGCUACGUACUAUCUUCGUGCAUAUAAUACCUCUUCUCCUCCUCUGUGUUAUCAACUUCUAUCUUAUUAAGUUCAUCAGAAUUGCAAAUUCACGAUGGCGAGGAUCACAAAAGACACACAAAACUAAAAAGCAUUCAUCCGACUUAAUGACUGAGACUGGGGACAGUGCUCGUGACAAAGAGGAAGAGGCGAUCACAAGUGCUGCAACACUUGCUGCAAAUCGUCGUAAUGAAAGACGCCAAGCAGCACAACGCAAACUCACUGUUCUUUUGGUGGCAAUAGUUGGACUAUUUCUUGCUGGUCAAAUACCUCAAGCCUUUGCCUAUGUGUCAAAUGUGCAGGUUGUCCUACGACUCUUCGGACGGUCAUCGAGAUCACUUGCGUGUUGUCCACCCUAUCGCUUGUAUCGUGCCAUUACAAAUUGCAUUUGCCUUAUUACCUAUUCAGCAAAUUUCUUUCUCUACGCUUCUCUUAAUAGUCACUUCAAACACCAACUUGGUAAGUGGAUUGGAAUGUGUAAUUUGCGUCCACAACAGCCUAUUCAAACGCACACCAUGACAGCGAUGGAAAGUGACAAAUAUGACACAGUAGAAAGAGUUAAUUACCGUUCUCGAGUGAAAGAAACUGUGUCGGCUGAUGGGUACCAAGUGAAGGGAAGAAGAGGACCUCGAAAGUUGACUCUCAAUUCCAUUAGUCAUGAGAUGCCCAUCACCGAUCCUGUUGGCAUUUCUGAGGCCGGUGAUCGUGCUUCUUUUGUCUCCUAUUCUGAUCAUGUUUGGCGUGUGAGUGUUGCAAUUCUACCUCUAGCAGGUGGCAGACCAGUGGCUCUUGCUAAUGCCACACUGAGAAGAUCGGUGACCACUGUGCCAUCGCGUGCAACAUCACCGCGUGAAUCUGUAAAAACGUCACAACAGGCCUCCAGUGUGCCAACAAAUCACAGAAGUGUUUCCAGUGAACUCAUUGUUCCAAAUUCUUCAAGUGACUCGCAACCCUCCACCACCCUUCAUUCAGUCCCUGUUAGACGGACUAACCAAUCACUCUUCAACUCGCAACCCCUUUUGAAGCAGGCGAAAGAGGACUUAUCCACCACACCGAAUGAAAAGAUUCUUGUUCGUGUGCACAGUCAUUCAAAGCGUUUUUGGUCAAAACGACGACGUCUAUUGGCUGAGACGAGAAAAGGUGGAAGUUCUAAGAAGACUGAUCAUCCAAUUGGUGGCCAAAGUCUGAAUGAGAAUCGUUUUCAACUGAAUGUCACCUCACAACGCUUUCAAGGUGUUGGUCAUCAUUGCAGAGAUCGAAGUCACCUUCAACUCUUUCUUCCUUCCUGCCUUGCCAAUGUGUCUUGGUGUCCGCCUUUUGUUGUGGCAACUUUGUUACGCGCUAACAGGAGCCUUAAAGACGCCACCAAUUCGUCUGUACGCAACACCAUCCCCAUCGCCUACCAAGAAACCCAUUUAGAUAAUAUUUUGUAA